AUGUUUGUUCUGAUGAAACUGAUCCCUAGAUCUCAGUGUUCAGAGAACUGUUUACCAGGAACCCGGAAAGUCGCAAAGUCCAGAAUAUAUUCCUGCUGCUAUGACUGUGUCCAGUGCUCCUCAGGAGAAAUCUCUAACUCCACUGACAGUGAAAAAUGCAUGAAAUGUUCAGAUCUUGAUUGGCCCAAUGAGAAGAAGGAUCGUUGUGUUCCAAAGCUGCUGGAAUUCCUCUCCUACACAGAUGAUACAAUCGUCCUGGUUAUUUCUCUGGUUUCUACUAUACUUUCUUUCCUUACAUUCAUGAUUCUUAUUACUUUUAUUUUGCACCAAGACACGGCAAUUGUGAAGGCCAAUAACAGAAACCUGAGCUUCCUUCUCCUGGUCUCCAUCAUGCUGAGCUUCCUCUGUGUCUACUUGUUCCUCGGACAUCCAGUGGACCUCACUUGCAUGCUACGUCAGGUCUCAUUUGGAAUCCUCUUCUCAGUAGCUGUUUCUUGUGUCUUGGCCAAAACCAUCAUGGUUUGCAUUGCUUUCAUAGCCACCAAGCCCAGCAGCUCCUGGAAACGCUGGAUUGGAAGCAAGUGGUCUAAUUCUCUGGUGUUGUUCUGCUCAUCCAUCCAAGUAAUAAUCUGUAUGGUUUGGUUGACUCUAGCACCUCCCUUCUCAGAGCUGGACACUCACUCGAGUCAGGGAAAUAUCAUUGUGCAGUGUAAUGAAGGCUCCGUUAUUGGGUUCUACUCAGUCCUGGGUUUUAUGGGGGUCCUGGCAGUUAUUAGUUUUAUUAUGGCUUUUUUAGCUCGGACAUUACCGGACAGUUUUAAUGAGGCCAAGUACAUCACCUUCAGCAUGCUGGUGUUCUGCAGUGUCUGGAUUGCCAUGAUCCCGGCUUAUCUCAGCACCAGAGGUAAAUACGUGGUGGCUGUGGAGAUAUUUGCCAUACUGACCUCAAGUGCUGGAGUCUUAGGGUGUAUAUUCUUCCCAAAAUGCUACAUUAUCCUGUGGAGACCUGAACUCAAUGCAAGAUCACAAUUACUGGAGGGAAGACGCAGAUGA